GGUUGGUGGGUGCUGUUCGAAAAUGGGUUUUCUCUUGAAUGGAAGAGCUAUUCAUUGGGGGCGCUCUCCGCACUGAAUCGAAACACUUGCAUGGAUUCAUGCGAGUGGCGGGACUUGGGACUGGAGAGUGCAGCUCAGUAUCGUUGAUGCGCUCUGGGUUUGAUCUGGUCGUCGUCAUCAUCAUCUUCCGCCUGUCUCCUGGCGGCGGGAGGUAGAGGCCGAACCCGAUUUCCGGGGCAUCGUGAUGACGAACAGCUUCGGCAGCGAGGUGGCCGAGACGUCGGACGGCGCUCGCGGAGGCGCGCCGCCCCGCCACCCCAAGUUCUGCGCCGUGUACGGGCUGCCAUCCAUGCUGAAUCACAGCUGCGGCGGGCGCUCGGACACGGCCCUGAAGCUGCUGCUGAUGUCGGAGGGCGGCGCCAUAGUCUUCCGGGCCACGCGGGACCUCGAGAAAGGAGAGGAGCUGACCCACCGUUAUUCCAGAGGCCUGCGCCAUGCCGCCGACCCCAGAGGGUCGAGGUUUGAGGACGCGGUGCCGCCCUGCCCGCUGUGGAUGGCCAUCCUCGCCGCCAGCACCAGACGCACCACCGCCAUCGUCAGUGCCGCAGUCAUGCCGUAGAGUGCA